AUGUCACAUUGGUCACAUUGGCAGUAUGAAUUAGAACGAAAAGAUAAUAUUGGUGAGCAAUUAAAAGAUAGGAAAAAUCGAAAUAUUUUUGAGGGAACUCGUUUAUUACUAUCACAUGCAAUUAUUGAUCAAACAAAAAAUGAAUUUGUCAACAAAACGAUAAUCAAAAAAUCACUAAUGGAAUUUUUACGAGAACUAAUAAUUGAAUCAGUUGUUGCUGAUGCAAUAUUUAGCAUGGAUUUAACAAAUAAUUGGAUUAAAUAUGAUUUUGAUGAUUUUAAAAAACCUCCGCAAUCAUUAAUAAUAUUUCAAGGGUAA